CCAUGGAAGUCUCCAGCACGGACGUUCUCCCCCCAAUGGACGAAGAUUGGCUGGAAAUUCUAAUGGAGAAAAGUUUCACUGAAACAGAGGAAAGCACUCGCAUAGCCCCAAAACGAAUAUCCCCCAGUUUUAAGCUUUGCAGAGGUCUGUACAACAGAUACUGUGUUCUGGAUGUGCGGGAGGUCUGCGAUGAUCAGGUCCAGGAGAAGCACUUGACUAUUACUGUAUCUCAGGAGGAGAAAGACACAGAACUGUGUAUCCUGAAGGAUGACUGGGUGUCUCUGCUGCUAAAACCUGGAGAUGUCAUUCAUUUAGAAGGGAGCUGUUCCUCGGACAAUAUAUGGACGGUAGACAGAGACCAUGGUUAUCUUAUAGUUUACCCUGAUCUGCUUAUAUCUGGAACAAGUAUAGCCAAUGCCAUCCGCUGUUUGCGCAGAUCAGUGUUGAGUGAGAAAUUCAAGGUUUGUGACAAAGGAUCACGAGCGAUGCUCAUAGGGACCAUUCUACAUGAUGUUUUCCAGAGAGCAACUACGUGUGGAUUUUCCCAAGAAAUGCUGAAGGAUCUGGCGCAGGGCGCUGUCUAUGGCUCCAAGUACCUGAGAGAGAUGUAUCAGUUAGGUCUAAAUCAAAUGGAUAUAAUUCAAGAAGUGCUGGAAUAUCUUCCCUCCUUUCAUAAAUGGGCAAAGGACUGCGUGACUCCAACCAGCCAACAUCAACCGAACAAUAAAACAUCACAAUAUAACAAGGAUGCUGCCUGUUCAUUCCAAGUCACAGAAUUUCUGGAUAUUGAAGAAAAUAUUUGGUCCCCAAGAUUUGGCUUAAAAGGCAAAAUAGAUGUAACUGCUGGCGUCAAAAUACAUCAAAAGUCCAAGUCUCAUUGUAAAGUUAUGCCCCUGGAGCUAAAAACCGGCAAAGAAUCAAACUCAAUAGAGCACCGAAGUCAGGUUGUUUUGUACACUUUGUUAAGUCAGGAGAGGCGAGCAGACCCAGAAGCAGGCCUACUUCUCUAUUUAAAAACAGGAAAGAUGUACUCGGUACCAGGAAAUCGCCUGGACAGAAGAGAGCUUUUGAAAAUAAGAAACGAGUUAUCCUUUUACUUGAAAAAUGUUGUGCAUAGAUCAGACAAGGGAACGGAAGAUAUUAAACUUGCAUCUUUACCAACCAUGAUAUCAGACAGACAAGCAUGUAAAUACUGCUCUCAACUACACAACUGUGCACUUUACAGCAGAUCUGUGGAGCAACAAAGUGAGAAUUAUUAUGUUCCCAAGGAAAUGCUCACAGUUGUGGAACAGCUGACGGCGCACCUUAAAGCCAGCCAUCUGCAAUACUUCAGCCGCUGGUACCUCAUGUGCUCUUUAGAAGCAAGUGUUAAGGAAUCCAAAAUGGGUCGUCUGAAUAUCUGGACGAUGUCAUCUUCUGAGAGGAAGAAGUUGGGGAGCUGUGUGGGGAAUGAGGCUUCUGUUGAACAGAUUUGUAAGGCAGCAACUUGGUCUUCACUGCAUACUUUUCAAAGAGAAAAUGGACAAGUUCCUAGAGGAUCCCUGAGCGUUGGAGAUCAUAUCUCAGGGAUAUCUUCUGGACUUCAAAGCUUCUCCUCCACAAGGGAGAUUUCAUCUUUCAAGGUUUUUUCUCGUUCCCACAGGAGUCUUACAAAGAUCCCAUUAGAAACAUUAUUUCGACUUGACCACGAAGAAGGAGGUGGCGGUUUGGAUGCUCAUCUUGGGAACCUGUCAAAGCUAAUGGAAAACACGACUGCAAGUGAGAAGUUGCGAUGUUUAAUGAUAGACUUUGACCAACCUCGCUUUGUACAGCAUCUGAGCAGUAUUCUCCCACCUGACGCCAAAGACACAGUCGCAAACAUUCUGAGAGGACUGAACAAGCCCCAGAAGCAAGCCAUGAAACGGGUGCUACUGUCUAAAGAUUACACUCUUAUUGUCGGUAUGCCUGGCACUGGGAAAACCACCACCAUCUGCACCCUAGUAAGAAUUCUCUCGGCUUGUGGCUUCACCGUGUUGCUGACCAGUUACACGCACUCGGCUGUAGAUAACAUUUUGCUUAAAUUGAAAAAAUUCCAAGUGGGAUUUCUGCGCUUAGGGCGAAUGCAGAAGAUCCAUCGUGACGUUCAAAAAUUCAGCGAAGAAGAAAUCUGCAGAAAUAACUCGAUUAACACACUAAGUGAUUUAGAGAAUCUCUACAACAGCCAGCCUGUAGUUGCAACAACCUGUAUGGGGGUCAGACACCCAAUGUUCUCUCGACGGCGCUUUGACUUCUGCAUUGUGGAUGAAGCGUCUCAGAUUAGCCAACCCAUUUGCCUUGGGCCUCUCUUCUACGCAGAUAGAUUUGUUUUGGUGGGAGAUCAUCAGCAGCUUCCUCCUCUUGUUCAGAGCUCAGAGGCAAGGGACCUGGGCAUGAGCGAGAGCUUGUUUAAACGACUAGAGAUAAACCAAGAAGCUGUUGUUCAUCUGACUGUGCAAUAUCGAAUGAACAGGCAGAUAAUGGCAUUGAGCAACAAGCUGGUGUACGAGGGCCGUCUGGAGUGUGCCUCAGACAAGGUAUCCUCUGCAGUAGUCCAGCUGCCCCUUCUCCAGGCUCUGUCGCAGGAAAUGCCGUUCAGAAGUGGUCGUGAGACAGAAUGGGUGAGAAAUGUGCUGGAACCAAGUAAUCCCGUCUGCUUUCUCAAUACAGACAAGGCCGGCAGCAAACCCUCAGACAUUGGAAUCAUUGCCCCAUAUAGACACCAGUUACAUAUCAUCUCUAAAGGCUUCACCACGUUUCCUUCCAAUGCUGUUGAGGUGAACACUGUGGACAAAUACCAGGGGAGAGACAAAAAUAUUGUAAUUGUGUCCUUUGUGAGAAGCAAUAUUGAUGGGAAGCUCGGGGACCUUCUGAAGGACUUGAGGCGGCUAAAUGUGGCUCUUACAAGGGCCAAGCACAAGCUGAUAAUGGUGGGCAGUACCUCAACGCUGUGCCGCUUUGCCUCUUUGGAGAAGUUGAUUGAGCAUCUGCAGAGUGAGAACCUGAUAUCCUUUGAUAUUUAGAACAUCAGACUUGUUAGUGAGAUGUACAAGAGUCCCAUGUCACUACUUCCACAUAUGGCUGGCGCACAGGAGGUUAUGAUGGGGGUCACUUGCUUGCUGGUUGACCUGAGGGUACAGCAGCUUGUCUUGACAAUGAGGACAAAACUAGAAUCAUGUUUAGGGGCUCACAU